AUGCCUGAACCCAGCCAGUACUUCAACUUCUUUGGACUGCCUCGCGAGAUCCGAGAUAAAGUCUAUGAAUAUACACUUUGUUCUUUCAGUCAGCACCGUGGCCCGUAUGACAUCACACAGUGUGCAGCUUUGUGCUCAUGGACAGACGUGCAAAUAUGCCAUUUCACCGGGAAUCUCAACCUCUUGCUUGCGAAUCAACAAACCCACAAUGAAGGCUACAAGAUUAUGUUGGAGAGGAAUCAAUUUGUCAUUGUUCAAAUCCACGACUCCGUGAACGAAUGUGCAAUGAUACAUGGCCAUUUACCGCCAACAUUUGUUCUCUAUUCCGCCUACCACAAUGAACUAGAGCAAAUGCGUCCGGAAUCGUACCCAUGGCACACCAUGCGUAUAAUGCUAGGCAGCAAGAACAAUCUGCCAGGAGAGAUGGCGAUGAAUGGCGAAUACACUGAGAUUGCCAUGUUAUUGGAAGAUUGUAUGGAUAUACUCAAGAGAUUUGCACUUCGCGUUACCGAUGAAACGCUGCCUGACCCAAAUGGAAGAUUGCCUCCUACGCGACUACCGAUAAAGGUAAUAGUGGACCUCAACCCCAAGAGGAAAGAGUGCGACAGGGAGACUAGCUACAUGCAUUUACGAAAAUCCCGCUCAGCUAUCGACCAGAAAAAGCUUCUGAAGCACAUAGGAGACACUUUUCGCGCUUAUGACAAUUUUGAGAUCAAGAAUUGUGAUGACGAAGCACUUGCUGCAGAAGUUGUCCAGCAAGUAUCCAAGGAUCCGUCUAUUAGUCUCGCUUUUUUCCAAACUCACAUCGAAAGACAUGCCCACAGUUCUGAGGCCUCUUGGAAUCAGGGAAACAUCGUGGAAUGCGCCAAUUUCUGUACCGAGGGGCUCGAACUAGUCCACCGCGUUCGGUUCAGCGCUCCACUCGUGUACCAACUGUGUGACGAAGGUUUACAAAAUUGUCUCCAUACGAGCCAGGUGAUUCACAGGCUAUACUACCUCUUGGCACGGUGCACUUUUGCACAUCUCUCCACGCUAAUGGCCAAGCGUGUCGAAAAAGACAAUUAUCAUUACAUCGGCGAUACCGCCCAUGCUCUUUUCGACUUGCUCAAGACGCACAAAAAACGUAUGCAUGGUUUCUUAUCGCAUUACAAUCCUCCCAUUCACGAAGAAGCCGAAAUGAAUUUCAUGAAAGCGAAAGCCCUACGUGUAGAAUGGGAGUUUCAUUCAAUGGCACCAUGGGGCGAGAUGCUCAGGUGCAUAGAGGAAGCCAAAAGGUUGCAGCCGGACAACCCUAUCUAUGAGGAAGAAGAGAGAAAAGCAAAGAUUUGGCUCGAAGAUGAUGCGAGAUAUAAUGCUUGGUUACGUACUGUAGAUUGGGCGACACAUCUAAAUAUGAGAUAUUGGAGAAUGGAGAUUGAUAAGUCGGUAUUCGAAUUCUGA